AUGGGAUUUCUUUACUCUCAAUUUUUUGUGACACCAAAAUACCCCGACCAAUCAUUCGCAGAUCAGACUGUGCUCGUCACGGGUGCCAAUGUCGGCCUGGGCCUCGAAGCUGCACGCCAUAUCACGCGACUUGGAGCUGCACGAGUGAUCCUCGGCGUUCGCAAUGUGGAAGCAGGCGAGCAGGCCGUGCUGGACAUUGAGAAAUCCACCGGUCGCUCCGGCGUCUGCGAAGUAUGGAAGGUAGAUCUGUCUUCACACGAAUCAACCCUUGCAUUUGGCGAUCGCCUCGCGACACUCCCCAAGCUCGACAGCGCCAUCUUGAAUGCAGCAAUUGCCACCCGUGAAUUCGACACUGCCGAAGGCUAUGAGCAAUCAAUUACCAUCAACGUCAUCAACACUCUUCUUCUCGGCAUCCUUCUCCUCCCUACCCUCAAAGCGACUCGACAGAAGAACCCGUCGCGUACACCGCGUCUUACAUUCGUCGUCAGCGAAGUCCACGCAUGGGUGAACUUUCCAGAAUGGAUAGAAGACCAGCCCAUGAAAGCCAUCAGCGAUCCAGAAAAGGCGAAAAUGGAUGAAAGAUACCCACUCUCGAAGCUACUUCAGGUACUGCUGGUGCAGGAACUAGCGGGCCGAGUUCGCGGGUCCGAGGUGAUCGUCAAUAUGCUUAACCCAGGUUUCUGUCACUCCCAACUCUCGAGGAACUAUGACUCUUGGGCGUUCACCUUGUUCAAAUUGACAGUGGCUCGUCGCACCGAAAUUGGGUCUAGAACUUUGGUCGCUGGUGCUGCGGCUGGUCUGGAAAGCCACGGCGCGUAUAUGACAGACUCGCAUGUGGAAAAUACUAUGUUGUCGCCAUUCGUGCGGAGUGACGAGGGGCGCCAGGCUCGUGAGAAGGUUUGGGGUGAGCUGUCGUCGAUCCUGGAAGGCGUUCGUCCGGGGGUUAUGCAGGGCCUGUAA